AUCCACUGUUCGGUUAGCAAAAAAUUGUUGUGCCUUCAGUUUACACACAUUUAUAUGCUAUUAGCUGUUUGCAAUAUUGGAGCAAAUAUUUAACUUUCUAAAUAAAACAUGGCUGGACUAAACGUGCCCAACAAAACUACACAAAAGGCUGUGCCAGACAGAAGGACAGGAGUAGAGGAGCCAUGGUCCCCUCAAGAGGCACCGUCAAUAAUAGACGAGAUUUGGCCCCUGAAAGGAAGGUCUGAAGACUUGACUCCAUGUUGGACGCAACGAGACGAGAAAAGUUAUCAGAAGAACAAUUAAGAGAAUUUCACGAUGCAUUUUGUGCAUUCGAUAGACGACAGGCAGGGUACAUCCUCAACACUGACAUCAAGCAAGUGAUGCGAUCGCUUGGAUUUAAUCCCACAGAGCAAGAAGUUGACAAUAUGUGCAUGAAAGUUGACAACGAUGGAAACGGACAGGUUGACUUCAAUGAAUUCAUAGAUCUCAUGUUGGAACUAGAAAACCCAGAGCUUGAUCAACAGAGCUACCUCGACACGUUUCGAGCCUUUGACAAUACAGGCAAAGGGUACAUUCAGGCAUCACUGAUACGUGAGAUCCUUUUGGAUGUUAUGGGCCAACGUGAAAAGGACAAACAACACAUCAUUCGGGUUUUUCAAUUGGACAAAGAUCGAAAAGUAAACUUCGAAGAAUUCAAACUGAUGAUAGCCUCAACAUAAGCUACAUCGAUUUAAAGAUCAGUGGUCCAUCUGCAGCUCCUUUGUUACUUUGACUGCCUUUAAUGGAAAAUGUGAAAAUAAUUGUAAAUGAUAACGAGUCAGCUCCGAUACUGACGUAAGCAGUACAGACUCAUCCAGACGCGGCUGGAUAACGGACCUGAAUAUCUAAAUUUUUCACGAGGUAUUGGAAAGAAAACAUGGUGUUAAUGACGAUGGCACAAGAUGUAAAAUGGAUGAUAUAUUGAAUCUUACAAAACUAAUGGAAAGGUUGUUUUAGUUUCUUAAACAGUUCUUUAUAAUAAAAAAUAUAACUGCUUUAAUUCUUUUAUGUAAAUGGUAAGAUUAUAAAUCCUAUUGAUAAACACUUUGACUAUAAACUUUGGAUAGUCAAAAGCACGGUAUCUCGUUUGCAUAUAAAGCAAAAUGUCUGAUAACAAAUAUCAAACAUAAACGUAUAAAAUACCUACAUAUACUACAUGAAAGUUUAACUGUAACUGUAUUUUUAGAUUUUGUACUCAUACUUGAUGUAAUACCCUACCCGUAAUGAUUAAAUUAAUUGAGGAGAAUCGAAAAACCCAAGUAUGACAGCCUCUGCAAACUCGUGAAGCAUUUUCUAAUGCAGUGUAUGCUCGUUAGAAACUCGGCUCAUCGGCUAGAAAUCUUACGCUCGUGUUUACUAGUUAAAUACAGUGCAACAGAUUUUCUUUCAAAAUAUAAACUGUCAGAAACGCUGGAACAACCAAGGGGCAAGGGAGGCAGGUUUCAGUAAAAAGACAUUUGAAAGUAUUUCCAAGCUUUUACUAAAUUAUUUGCAACUGUCAUUUUGUUUCGAUUUCCUAUUUUGAAAAUUUGUUAAUUGCUGUCAUGAGAAAUUUUUUUCAAGAAAUUCUUUUACAAGUUUUGAGAAAUUUUUUCAUAAACAAGGCGCUACAGUUAGAAUUGCAUAUGAAUUCUUAAGAUUUCUUUGAUAAUUAC